AUGGCCGACGCCUCCGCCAAGUUCCUCCCCGGGGACCUCCUGACGGCGGCGGCGGCCGCCGAGGCCGCCGCCGCCCACGACGGGCUGAUAUUCUGGCAGUGCAUGGUGGCCGGCUCCGUCGCCGGGAUCGUAGAGCACACGGCCAUGUUCCCAGUUGACACCUUGAAAACGAGGAUGCAGCAGGCUCAGGUCCUCCGCCGCCCGCCGGAGACUGGUCUCCGGCGGGCCCUCGCCGCCGUCGUGAGGGCGGAGGGCCCCCUCGCUCUCUACCGCGGCGUCGCUGCCAUGGCCCUCGGCGCCGGCCCUGCCCACGCCGUCUACUUCUCCGUCUACGAGGUCUCCAAGGAGUUCCUCCUCGCGAAGGGGAGCCCCAGCGGCGGCGCGGUGGCCCACGCCGCCGCCGGCGUGGCGGCGACGGUGGCCAGCGACGCUGUGUUUACGCCGAUGGACACCGUGAAGCAGCGCCUCCAGCUCAAGAACAGCCCCUACCGGGGGGUGGCCGACUGCGUGGGGCGGAUAGUGAGGGAGGAAGGCUUUCGCGGCCUCUACGCCUCCUACCGCACCACGGUGCUGAUGAACGCGCCUUUCACGGCCGUCCACUUUGCCACCUACGAGGCUGCAAAGAGGGGCCUCUCGGAGCUCUCGCCUCAGAGCGCCGGCGACGAGCGGCUGGUCGUGCACGCCACGGCGGGCGCCGCCGCCGGAGCGCUGGCGGCCGCAGUCACCACGCCGCUUGAUGUGGCGAAGACCCAGCUGCAGUGCCAGGUGCGUUUCUUCUACCUACUCCAUAUCUGAUGAACACGAGGAGCAAAGAUCUAGGGGAAGUACGAGACGAUUCAUUGAUUUUGCAGAAGUCGCUGAUCAUCGGAUUGUCCUCCACCCGAACAGGGAGUUUGCGGGUGCGACAGAUUUUCCACCAGUUCGAUCGGAGAGGUCCUGCGGAGCAUCGUGCGGAAGGAUGGCCUCGCCGGGCUCUUAAGGGGGCUGAAGCCGAGGAUGCUCUUCCACGCUCCCGCCGCCGCCAUUUGCUGGUCCACCUACGAAUCGUCCAAGUCCUUCUUCCAAGACCUAAACGACGGCAAGCGUCCACCUUGUUCUUCGUCGUGA